AUGAUGGCAACGAUGAUCGAGAGCGGGCGGAGGAUGGUGCGGGUGGACUCGCGGGCUGCAGCGGCGUUUCGCAUCGGACUUGGGCUGUGCGUGGCGGCGACGGUGGCGGUGCGGAUGGUGCUGGCGGAGGAGAUGCUGACGGAUGACGGAGUGGUGCGGGCAGCGACAGUGAUGGAGGCCGGGCCAGUCUUCUCGCUCCUGCUUAUGUCGAACAUCCAAGGCGUAAUACUCGCGGUGCUGGCGGUAGCGUUUGCUGCAGGCAUCGGCAUUGCCGUCGGCGGCAAGUGGCUCUUUCCCUCUGCGGUGGUGAGCUGGAUCAUCCUCGCCUCCAUUGACGCCCGCAACGAGUUCGUCCACAACGGCGGCGACAGGUACCUCGGCCUGCUUGUCAUGUGGACUGCUCUCGCAUCACCUCAGCUGGCAGAGACCUCCGUCCGUGGAAGGGGCUUUAUUCUGGCGCCGUCGCUUCCGCUUGGCUGCCUGCUCGGCCAGAUGGUGCUGAUGUAUGUCAAGUGCGGACUGGCCAAGGCCAAGUACGCAUCCGAGUGGUACUCGGGCGAUGCGCUCCGCGCUGCGCUGCGCAACGCGUGGUUUGCGAGUGAGACCGGUACGGAUGUCGUCGACAACCUCCCGCUGGUUCCGCUGGUUGCCGCCGGAGUGAUGUGGUCCGAGAUCCUGGUUCCGCUGCUCGCGUUCUGGCCGUUUGCGCGCGGGAGCGAGCUUGCGCGUGCCAGUUUUGCGAGCUGGGCGCUGGCCAUGCAUGGUUCGUUUGUAUUCUGUAUGCGCCUGGGCAUGUUUCCGUGGAUCUGCAUGGCACCGGCGCUGCUGGCGGUGCCAUCGCGGGUGCUCGAUGCCUUGACCGGUGCGAGUCGGCGGCCGCGGCGCCUCGGCUGGCCAGCUGCGCCGCCACAGCCCACGCCCGGCCGGGUGCGGACGGUACUGGCGGGAGUCGCCAUGGCGUGGAUCCUGCUAUUUUGCGCUGGGUUUAUCUCAAACUCGCCCAGCGCGUCACGCCCGAUGGCGGUGAUGGCGAGUCUCGGGCGCGAUCUCAAGCUGGAGCAGUACUGGGCCAUGUUCUCACUUGUGCCCAAAAACUCGCUCUGGCUCCACGGAGCUCUCACGCUCAGCGAUGGGCGCGUUGUCGAUCCGAUCCGCUGGCUUGCAACCGGCAACGACGAGCCGUGGCUCGCGGCCGACGCCAUGGUCGUCCGCGCUGCGCCACCGCGGCUCGCCGAUUACUCGGCCGAUGCCAGGCUGCUCCUCUCUGAUCGUUGGACCCGGUACUGGGUGACGCUUCCGGGCAAGCCGUGGAUCCACGCCGACGCGGCACGGUAUGUGUGGCGCGCGUGGCGGCGCGGACACCCAGACGGGCCGCUCUCUCCCGUCCGAUUUGUGCUCCGCGGCGCUGUCAUCCCGUACACCAUCGACGUUGGAGCCGGAGCCGCCGUUGUCGACCUUUCUCUCUCCACCAUCUACGACCAUGACUACGCCCAGCUCUGUUGA